AAAUCUUAUAUCUUUUGUUUUCACUGUGUUCAGGUUAGGUCAAAUUCAGUAGCAGAUGUGCAUAAAAAAAGCAGUAGUCUUGAAUCUCGGUUUUGCUAUGAUAAGCCUAUACCUGAGGAGAUAAUUGAGAAGCCAAUUGGUUUGUCAUUGGCUGAAAGAAGUAUUGGGGAAAAUUUCCGUUGCCCUGAUUGUCAAACCAAAGGAGCAAUUCUUUGCAGCACCUGCUCUGGUUCAGGGUUGUAUGUUGACUCUAUAUUGGAAAGUCAAGGAAUCAUUGUCAAAGUCCGAUGCCUAGGUUGUGGAGGCACAGGCAAUAUCAUGUGUUCAGAAUGUGGUGGUCGGGGUCAUCUUGGAGCUAAAUGACUUUAUUGGUUAUCAUUCUCCCCACCCAAAAAAAAAAAAAAAAAAAAAAAAAAAUCUAGCUUGAGCAAUUUUGUGUAGUAGAUGCAAACCUCUGAUUUUAAGGUAUUCAUAUAUUUUUGCAGCUUAAUUUGUAUUCUGUUCCAAUCUCAGAUAAAUUUGUAAAGGCAGUCUUGAAAUUGAUUUAGCCAUUUUAAA